AUGGAUAAUGAGCAACAGUCAGUAAGUAGUGAUACCGAGUUGGAAAGUGGGACACAAAGUAAUGUUAGUGACGUAGUUCAGGAAGUACAAUGUGAGAAUCUGGGGGCAGAAGGACAAGAAAUGUUGCCAUUGCCACCCAGUGAUUCAGUUGAUAGCGGAAAUACUGUGCCAUCCGCAAGCACUGGACACGGACCAGAGAGUGGUGAGGUGUCAGAAGUGCAAUCAUUAAGAGUUAUGUUCGAGCGCAUGCUCAAUUUCCAAGCUGAAUUUGUACGUGUGCAAGCAGAGCGUGAUAGAGAACGUGAUGCUAAACAAGCAGAACGCGAUAGAGAACGUGAUGCUAAACAAGCAGAACGCGAUAGAGAACGUGAUGCUGAACAAGCAGAGCGUGACCAGAGAUUGGUAGCUGAAUUUGCCAAGCAAGCAGAGCACGAUAGAGAACGUGAUGCUAAACAAGCAGAGCGUGACCGACGCCUGCAUGAGAGGGACUUGCAGUUGAUGCAAACUUUAGAAGUUAUGCAAAGUGAGAUUGUUAGUUUGAAACAAAAAUAUGAAACCAUACCCAAAACGGUGCAAGAAUUAAGCGAAAGAGUAGAUAGUGUUCAAGUGGCUAACGCCAAUAUCGUAGAGGAAAUCAGUGUCCUGACUAAUAGGGUCGAACAACUAGAAAUUGACACAACUCAAGUAAUUGAGAACAAAGUGAUCGAACAAGUGCACAAAGUAGAAAAUGAAGUCAUAAAAGAAAUAGAUCAGAAAGUGCACGCCGCAAUUGAGGCCAGAGAUGUGGGCUCAAGUGCGGAUGUGCAAGAUCUAAAAAGGAUAGUGCACAAAGACAUUCCGCUGUGGCAGCGGAGUGUGGACCGUCGUCUUGCCGAGAUGGAGCUUAGCUUGCGGCAUGACGAGGCACGGGCGUAUGUCACGCCAGCCAGGUCCAACAAUGAUAGGCAUAUAAAUACUGCAGUAAAAAAUUGCGACUGCGAGACAGAACAGGCAACCAAUAUCUGGUAG